AUGGAUUCUUUAAAUGGAAUUUUAACAGGCCUCACUUUCAAUUACCCUGAACUUUCUGAAAGAGCAAAAGUUCUCACAAGCAACUACCAAAAUCUAAUGAUAAAGUUGAAAGACGUAGCAGAUACAAUUUCUCAAGUAAGCGGCCCAGUUAGAGUUCUAGAGACUCAGAAAUCCAAUGCUAUUAAAAUUCUCGACAAAGUUGACCAAAUCCUAACCUUUCAAGAAAAAUUGUCUGGCCUAAAAUCAGCGAUGAGAGAAGGGCAAUUAUCAAUUGCAUCUCGCAUCUGCGGAGAGCUCAACGAAACUACAAUCCCUUACCAUAUAUCUGAAGUAGAAGAGCUUGAAAGGCUUAAAUCAGAGCUAUGCUCUACAGUUCAAAAGAAAUUCGGGGAAGCAAUAGCUGAAAAUGAUAAAGGAAAAAUAGAAAUGUAUGCUGGCCUGUUUUUGCCACUUGGAUUAGGACGCGAAGGAAUUGAUAGAUACAUUCAAUAUAUCAACGCAAGUUUGAUUUCUCAAAUCAAAGCUGCAGUAGAGUUGCUUGGAAAAGACGCAGAAGUAAAGCAUGAAGAAGUACUUGUGAGGAUUUUCAGAUGCACUGUUAAGGUUUUUGAUACUCAUCAAGAAGCUGUGCAAAAAGUUAGUUAAAAGUUGUAUACGGCCAUAAGCGGGACCCGCACUAGUCGGACUACCUUACUCCAGGAAAGGUGGCCUGGCGUGUAUGCCAGGGUUUAAAACUGUGCAAAGCAAAACCCAAAUUUGACCCUCUUGAAUUUUCUGGUGAAACUCACCUAAGGAUCGACUCCUAGGUUGUUUAAACCCACUGUAGGAUGCUCUGAUAUUGCCGAUAGACAAAGACUUGUGAGAGGCAAAACCUGUCUAGUCAGAACCUUGAGGGAGAAACAAAACCUCCUCAUCGGCGAACCUUCCCAAACCUGAAGGCUUACUUCAAAAAGAGGCAAAGGCUCUGCUUUCAGCUUCAUCAGGAAGGUCCGACUGCUCCAUAGAGAGUGCGCCUCGGAGACAAAUUUCCGCCAACGUCACCAUUUUAUUUCUAAGCUGUUCAAAAGGAAUUUGGGAACUUAGGAGUCAUUGAUUUAUUACAGUCCUUGCAGAGGGAGUCUGAUCAGCAAGCUGUUAGAAUUUAUAAUCAAUUUUUAUCUGAAAAAGGAUUGCAUAUAACAACACAGAUUAUUCGGAACCCCAAUUUUACUCCUGCUCAAGCAGAUUCAUUGUGCGAAGAUAUCGCAAAAAUUUUGAAGCAUAGUGAAAGCUUUGAAACGCAUAUCAAUAAAAUAGGAAAAGGAGUUGUUUCAAAAGCACAAAAUUUUCAGCCUCAGCCAGGAAUUAGCAACGAGACUGGGCUUUUAAGGAUUUCUGGACUAAAAUCAAAAAUCCAAGAACUAGCUGAUAUUUAUAUUUCACUAGAGACUUACUAUAUGAUGAACUCAGUCAAAAACUCUUUAGGAAAAUUGAAUAUUCAAGCAUACAUUGAGCAGUCAUACCAAGCCAAGGAUAAUUUGACUUCAGGCUCGAACUUUGAAGUUCUUGAUGAAAUCUUUUUUAUUAUACAAAAAUGUGAGCAGAGAGGACUUGCUACUCUUAAUAUAAACUCAGUUUGUGCUAUAUUAAACCAUAUCGGUGGCUUACUAUCUGAAGAUAUCAUUGACCAAUUGAGUAAAAAGAUUCCAGGCUCCCGAUAUGGAAUUUCAGGCAGUGCGUCUCUCUCAAGCCAAUUUACCACAGCAAACGCAGGCCUAAUAAUUUCUCUAAAUUUACUAGAAACCACACGAGCUUACUCAAAAAAGCUUUCAGCUCAAGUAGAACAAAAAUUCAAGAAAAUAUAUGGCGAGGAAGGGAAUGAAGUAGAUAUGUUCAAGCACUGCUUAAGCUCCAUUUUUGAUGCGUCAGAAAAGGCAAGAAUCCUAGAGCAAGACAUUCUUAAGUCAACUGUAAGUGGAUUCCAGGGGCAGGUAAAUAACCUAUUGAAUCCAUUUCUUCAUGCUGGCUAUGAAUUGUCUGAAGAAACUUAUGCAGAUUAUCAGGUGAAUGAUCCUUUUGUAUUAAAGCUCAUUAAAGAAAUAAAAGGACAGCUGAAACAAUGGAGGUAUCAAAUGAUGACUGACCUGUUUGAGAUGACUCUGGACCUUAUCACACAAACUUUGGUGGAAUUGAUUGAGUAUAACUUGAAAAAUGGGAAUAAAAAGUUCAAUGAGCUUGGAGCUCUUCAGUUUACAAGAGAUAUAAGAGAAAUAUCUAUUCAGUUACAAGGAAUGACUAACAAGCCUUUAAGGCAGAGAUUUGUGAGACUUAAACAAAUAGGGCAAGUUUUGCAGGCAAAGAAUGUUGAAGAGGUCGAAGGAUUUAUAAAGGAAAGAGACUGGAGAAUCACGCAAAAAGAUACUCUUGCUUAUUGGAGACUAAGAAUCUAA